GGUCUCUCUCUGCCUCUUCAAAUAAUGCGCACCUUCUCUCCCGCCUCUCUCCCGCCGGAUAUCUGACGUCACCACCAACCGUCAUGGGCCACCACUCCCGUCGGGACUCCCUCGCCGGGAACCAACCUUCCUCCUCCUCCUCCUCCUCCUCCGACCACCCCCACCCCCAUCCCCACCACCACCACUUCUCCAGCCUCCCCAGCCUCCCCCACCACCACUACCACGACUUCGACCUCUCCUGGCCUUUCGCCAAGCUCGACCACCUCGACCGCGACGACAUCCGCGAAACCGCCUACGAGGUUUUCUUCACUGCGUGUCGGUCGUCUCCGGGAUUUGGAGGGAGGAAUGCGUUAACGUUCUAUUCCAGCGAUCACAGCGAUGGAGGAGUGGGCGGCAUCGGAACCGUAGCGGGCAGAGCCAAUGGGGUGGGAAUGGUGCCGACCAGCCGGAUUAAGAGGGCCCUGGGAUUGAAGACACUGAAGCGUUCGCCGUCGAGGAGGUCUCUCUCGGGCGGUGUCGGCAGCAGCGGCGGAGGAGGCUCCAACCCCUCGUCGCCUAGCUCAGCGCAUGGACCGGGCAGCCCGCGCCUCGCUUUCACAUUGCCGGCGGCGCGGACCAAGAGGCCAUUGACGUCGGCGGAGAUCAUGAGGCAGCAGAUGAGGGUGACUGAGCAGAGUGAUAAUAGGCUACGCAAGACCCUCAUGAGAAGCCUCGUUGGCCAAAUGGGCAGGCGGGCAGAGACCAUAAUCCUCCCACUUGAGCUCCUCCGCCACCUAAAGCCAUCGGAAUUCAAUGAUUCGCAUGAAUACCAUUUAUGGCAAAAGCGUCAACUCAAAAUCCUUGAAGCAGGACUCCUUGAUCACCCUUCUGUCCCGCUAGAAAAAUCAAACACAUUUGUUAUGCGUCUGAGGGAGAUCAUCCGAGCAAGUGAGUCAAAACCAAUCGACACUGGAAAGAAUUCCGAUACCAUGAGAAUACUCUGUAAUUCUGUGAUUUCUUUGUCCUGGCGAACCCCAAAUGGCUCUCCUGCCGAUGUGUGCCACUGGGCUGAUGGAUUCCCCCUCAACCUCCACCUCUACCUUGCUCUCCUACACUCCAUCUUUGACAUCAAGGACGAGACAAUGGUCCUAGAUGAGGUUGAUGAGCUUCUUGAGCUCAUGAAGAAGACAUGGUCCACCCUCGCAAUCAACAAACAAUUACAUAACUUGUGCUUCACAUGGGUGUUCUUUCAUCAAUAUGUUGCAACCGGACAAACAGAACCAGAUCUUCUUUGCGCUGCAUUUGCCAUGUUGGCCGAGGUAGCAAACGAUGCUAAGAAACCUGAUCGGGAUCCCAAUUAUGUCAAGUUUCUUUCAUCGGUAUUGGCUUCAAUGCAAGCAUGGUCAGAGAAGAGAUUGGCUAAUUACCAUGAGUACUUUUACAAGGGAAUAGUUGGUUUGAUGGAAAACCUUCUUCCAUUGGUAUUAUCAGCCACAAAGAUCUUGGAUGAAGAUGUUACUGCCACGGUCUUGGCAGGACAAGAGAGAGAGGAGCCCACAGUGGAGGUGGAUCAUGCAGGGAAUCGUGUGGAUUACUAUAUUCGAUCUUCUCUGAGGAAUGCAUUCUCAAAGAUAAUAGAGCAUGGAAAUUUCAGUGCCAUGAAUGUCUUAGUAGAACAAGAGGCCACUGAAGCUCUCCUUCAAUUAGCUAAAGAGACCGAAGAUUUAGCUGUGAAGGAGAAGGAGACAUUCAGUCCCACACUCAAGAGAUGGCACCCAAUUGCAGCUGGAGUUGCAUCUGUGACACUACACCAGUGCUAUGGAGCCGUGUUAAAGCAAUACUUAGCUGGGGUGUCCACACUUACCAGUGACACAAUCAGGGUAUUACAGAGAGCUGGAAAGCUAGAAAAGAUUUUGGUUCAGAUGGUGGUUGAAGACUCGGUUGAUUGUGAAGAUGGAGGCAAAGCAAUUGUGAGGGAGAUGGUUCCAUACGAAGUUGAUUCGGUAACAUAUUGCCUCUUGAAAAAAUGGAUUGGGGAGAGGUUGGAGAAAGUAAAAGAAUGUCUUGACAGAGCAAAAGAAAAUGAAACAUGGAACCCCAAAUCUAAAACAGAGCCCUAUGGACAAUCAGGUGUGGAGCUGAUGAAGCUGGCCAAGGAAACUGUGGAGGACUUCUUUGAAAUUCCCAUAGGCAUUUCUGAUGAUUUAGUACACAAUCUUGCUGAACGCUUGGAGGCUAUUUUCCAGGAGUACACUACCUUUGUUGCAUCAUGUGGAACAAAGCAGAGCUAUGUUCCGCAACUUCCCCCCUUAACCCGAUGCAACCGAGACUCAAAGUUCAUCAAACUCUGGAAAAAAGCCACCCCUUGCAGUGUCACCAUAGAAGGUGUAAUGCCAAGUGGAACAAAUGAAGGUCACCAUCCACGCCCAUCAACAAGUCGUGGGACACAACGCCUCUACAUUCGCCUAAACACCUUGCAUUAUCUUCUUUCUCAUAUCCAUUCCCUUGACAAAACCCUCUCCCUCUCCCCCAGAAUCAUUCCUUCCACCCGCCACCAGUUCAGGAAUUCCCACAGGCAGCUUGGUACUUCCUCAGCCUAUUUUGAUCUUGCCCGUUUGUCAAUCCAAGCAGCCUCCCAACAUGUAUCAGAAGUUGCAGCUUACCGUCUAAUUUUCCUAGAUUCAAAUUCUGUCUUCUAUGAGAGUCUAUAUGUUGACGAUGUAGCCAAUGCACGUAUUCGACCAGCAUUACGAAUACUUAAACAGAAUCUCACUCUCCUGGGUGCAAUUCUUACAGACCGAGCACAAGCCCUUGCAAUAAAAGAAGUAAUGAAGGCCUCUUUUGAGGCCUACCUUAUGGUUUUGCUUGCCGGAGGAAGCUCCCGGGUUUUUUGUAGGUCAGAUCAUGAGAUGAUUGAGGAGGAUUUUGACAGUUUGAAACGGGUUUUUUGCACUUGUGGGGAAGGUUUGAUGGCAGAGGAUGUGGUGGAGAGGGAGGCCGAAACCGUGGAAGGGGUGGUGACCUUGAUGGGUCAGAAUACAGAACAACUAAUGGAAGAUUUCAGCAUAUUGGCUUGUGAAGCAAGCGGGAUAGGCGUUGUGGGUGCAGGGCAGAGGCUACCAAUGCCUCCAACAACAGGUAGGUGGAAUAGAGCGGAUCCCAACACAAUAUUAAGGGUAUUGUGCUACAGGAAUGAUCGAGCUGCAAAUCUGUUCUUAAAGAGGACAUUCCAAUUAGCCAAGAGGAGAUAAAAGAAGAUGAUUUUCCCUUGUAUAGCUGAAGCAGAAGGGUUAUAUUUGUGAUGGAAGUUGUUGGGUUUGAGCCGUGUAAAUCAAAAGAAAUUUGAAAGAAACUACUUGAAGGA